GGCUGAGAGAUCAACAGUGCACUAUAGGAUCUCUCUGCUCCUUAACCACAAAAACGUCCUCAGAAAUGGAUGGAGCCCAGGUCUACCUGGUGACAGGAGGAUGUGGUUUUAUUGGGGAAAAGAUCACAGAGCUCCUGUCUCAACAAGACUACAUCAAAGAAGUCAGAGUUUUUGAUUCAGUAGCAAGAAAAGAAGUAGAAAAUUUUGCCACAGCUACCACUCAUGUGACAGUGAUGAAAGGAGACAUUCGAGACUACAGUCUGCUCCUUGCUGCCAUGCAGGGCGUUCACGUGGUUAUCCACACAGCUGCUAUUGUGGACUACAGAAACACUUUACCCUUUUGGGAAAUGAAAGCUGUCAACGUUGGGGGUACUGAAAAUGUGUUAAGGGCCUGCUGUGCCCUGAACAUCCCAUAUGUUGUCUACACAAGCUCCAUAGCUGCAGUGGGACCCAACAUUUUGCACGAGCCCAUGCUCAGAGGAAAUGAGGACACCAAAUACAGCGGGGAAGUGGAGCUGCCUUAUGGGAAGACGAAGGCCAUGGCAGAAAGACUUGUAUUAGAAGCCAAUGGGAAAAAGCUCAGCAAUGGUGGUAAACUCACGACCUGCAUCAUCCGUGCAAACACAGUAUAUGGGGAGAAAGCAAUGUUCCUUCACGACUUGUAUUUGUCUGCCAAAGCCCAUAACGGUGUGUUGAACUACCUGGAGCCUGAACACACAGAGCGCAAUUCCACGUACGUGGGGAAUGUCGCAUGGAUGCAUGUUCUCGCAGCCAGGCACCUGCAGCAGAAACCAGACAUACUUGCUGGGCAGGUGUAUUAUUCCUAUGAUGACACUCCGACAACAAAAGCUUUUCUGAUCAGGUAUCAGCUCUUGUCCUGUAUGGACCCCUCAAUAAGACUGGGCUCACACAUCCCAUACUGGAAGAUGUGGUUACUGAUACACCUGCACAGGAUAAUCGAGGUCAUCCUGUCCCCUUUCUGGAAGCCACAGCCUUUCCUAAACCUCCCUUUGCUGCACACGAUAGUCACCACCUUCUCCUACGAGACAGACAAAGCCUUCAGGCACUUUGGGUACAAGCCCCUCUACAGCUGGCAGGAGAGCAAGGUGCGGACGGCGCGGUGGCUGGAAGUGGCCGUGGGGAACCUGUCCUCUCAGUGAUGGAAAGAACCCUUCCUAAAGAUCCUGUUACCCUUCAUACGUGGCUUAUUACAUCUGUUUUGAAAUAUUACCCUAUAAAAAUAAACUCCUACUCUCUUGCACUGACGGCACAGGAGCUGACUUGCAUUCAAGCCCCAUGGUUGGAUGCCUACAAGUUCAGGCAGUUUUCACUGGAGUUCGAAGAAAUGGGCUGUUUUUACAGCAGUGGUUAACAUCCAAAAUUAAUUCUGUCAGUUUGAGACUGCUUAAGUACUCCUGUGUUCUGUGAACAUAUAAUCAUCUCUUGAGUUUUCCUACAGUUGAAGUGUAUGUGUGCACAAAUAAAAGCUCAUUUUAAUUACUUCCCUAAUCCUCCUGGAAAAAAAAAAAAAAAAGAAAUAGAAGCAAGUUUCAGCGUGGCAUCUUUGAUAGAAAUGAUCGAGAUUUGCUUCUUGUUAGUCAUAGUAAUUACCCUGGAAAGGAAGUGAAGGAAUACGCUGGGAGCUGCCAAGUGAACUCCAUGGAAAUUCACUCACAGGAGAGUUCUUUGCAAAAUGAGCUUCCAAACCAAAAAUAAUUUGCUCAGGUAAUUCGUGAAUAAUUUCAUAUGACAAAUAAAUCUGGGGCAAACUAUUACAAUCUGUCCACAGAGAAUUUGGGAAGGUGAACCGUGCAAGUUAUGGAAUCACAGAACGCAUGGAGUUGAAGGACCCUUCAGUGCCACCUGGUCCCACUCCCUGCAAUGCACAGGGAUGCCCACAGCUCUCAGUUCCUCACUUUUUUACUCUAAUCCUUUGUGCAGAGAGUUUUUAAAUAAAGUGAUUAGUAAGGUUGCUGGA